ACAUACAAAAUCAGCAGGGGAUCAAAUACCUUUUUCCCCUCACUGUAUCAGAACCCAAAAUAUAACCUUUGUUUACAAUUACAUUACUUACAAAUAAUAAACCAUCACUGUAUAGUUUCAAAACAUGGUUAAAACUAUUAUUCUUAUCGCAUUGGUGUUCAGUCUUUGCAUCCAUAUGUGAGAGUCUGUGUCUAUGUAUUUGAGUGGUAAAAUUGUUCUCCUGCCCCAUUCCUCAGCUAUUAAGCAAAUUAAGUGGCUGGGAAAAUGCUUAGUUAUUGGUUGAAUCCUAGAUUGUCCUUUUUAAAAGCCUGCGCGACUAUUCAAUGUCCAUGAUCCAGACUUAUUAUCUCAUAAUUAUGAAGGUCGUUCCGGUGCCUUUUGAGAAGUGUAACUUUGUUAAAAUAAGGUGACACAUAUUUUGUUUACUUGGUCAUAAAAAGCACAUUCUAAACUUCAUAAACACUUUUUCCCAUCUGAAGAUGUUAAAUGAAAAUGACUACAGUAAGUGGUAUUGGAAGCUUGUGUGCAACAGGGAAUGGAAAUUGAAUGCAAGCUUCACAAAAAAAAUGUAAUUGCUAAAACAUUUCUAGCCUGUCUAUGGGUAACAGGGUUAACGUUAUGCUUGACCUGCUCAGUUUCCCCCCACAAAACACUAGAAAAUGCCCAAAAGGCAUAGAACCAGCUGACCUGCUUUUACACUAUGAAUAUACUUUGAUGUUCAAUGUUUCUUUUGAAAAACACAUUUAAAAAGGAAUAGUUUUACCAUAUUAAAACGAUAGUUCACAUAACAGGGCUGACCUUAAAAUGAGGGGCAGAUGUAAAUAAAUCACUAAUCACAUGAAAUAAUCUCAGAUAUGAAUUUGUUAAAGUAACUAGGGCUUUACAAUUAUGGUGAAACUUGGAGACAUUGAGACAUUUUUGGGGAUAAGUAGGUUGAAAUCUUCCUAGAAUUGACACAGGGUUGGUUGACGGAGGGACAUGUCAAGGCAGAGGGCAAAGUAUUUUGUAAACACGGACUUUGUUCCAUAAGGUAAUUUCUAGUAAAGUUAUACCAGUCAUAGCAAUAGUUAUUUAGGCUCAAAAUAGCCUCUCAUGAAAUGUAUAUUAUAUAGCUGUGGAAACUAAGCUCAUAGGCUUAAUUGUUAUUAUAAAAAUGUCAGUACAAGCCUCAUCGUAUUUUCAUACAUGUAAUUAGUCUAAGAGCUGUAAUUUGCCGACACUGAAUCUUCAAAUAUGUGUACUCAAUCUCUAAGCAAGAAAUUACAACACUGAAUCUUCAGAUAUGUGUACUCAAUCUCUAAGCAAGAAAUUACAACACUGAAUCUUCAGAUAUGUGUACUCAAUCUCUAAGCAAGAAAUUACAACACUGAAUCUUCAGAUAUGUGUACUCAAUCUCUAAGCAAGAAAUUACAACACAGAAUCUUCAGAUAUGUGUACUCAAUCUCAAAGCAAGAAAUUACAACACCUAUCAGGAUAUUUGUACUUUACACCUGUUUGAUAUGACUGAAACUUUUUUCCAAGUUGUGUAUUCAUACACUUAAUUUUAUUUUUCAAUACAAAAGGCGCAGAGGGAGGGAUACAAUGUUGAUUUUAUCCCUGAACGGGGAGGGCUGUCUUUAACAGCAUAAGUGUCACUUUGUUGUAGAUGAGGGAUAAUCAACCUCUGCACGGAUGGGUGACCUAGCUAGUACGACUCCAAGUUCAGAGUGUGGACAGACCUCUGUACCGCGGCACGUAUCACUGCUUCCAGUCUAUCGUACGACAAGAGUCGAUGACAGGGCUCUACAAAGGCAUCGGCUCCCCCAUGAUGGGCCUGACCUUCAUCAACGCCAUCGUGUUCGGUGUCCAGGGCAACGCCAUGCGCAGGCUGGGCCACGACACGCCGCUCAACCAGUUCCUGGCUGGGGCGUCGGCGGGGGCAUUGCAGAGCAUCAUUUGCUGCCCUAUGGAGCUGGCCAAGACACGCAUGCAGCUGCAGGGCUUGGGCGAGAGGAAGUCCAAGCAGAAGCUGUACAAGAACUCACUGGACUGCCUGGUGCGCAUCUACAGGAAGGAGGGCUUCUGCGGAAUCAACCGGGGAAUGGUGACCACGCUGGUCCGUGAGACACCGGGCUUUGGGAUCUACUUCUUGACCUACGAUGUCCUGACGCGCCACUUGGGCUGCGAGCCCGACGACCCCUACAUGAUCCUGAAGUUGCUGUUCGCCGGCGGCAUGUCGGGCAUCGCCUCGUGGAUCUCCACCUACCCCGUGGACGUCAUAAAAUCCCGUCUCCAGGCGGACGGCGUGGGUGGCCACAACAAGUACAACGGCAUCGCAGACUGCAUGCGUCAGAGCAUGAAGCGAGAGGGCUGGCGGGUGUUCACGCGUGGCCUCACCUCCACACUGCUUCGUGCAUUCCCAGUCAACGCCACAACCUUUGCCACCGUGACUCUGUUCCUCAUGUACAUGCGGAACGACGAGGGCGGCAUCACAGACUGCGAGCCCCUACCCGCCCACUCCUCACUCACUGCGAGCCCACAGCAGGCCCAGCCCUCAAGCCUGUGACCUGGGGAAGAUGGUGCUUCUGCUCUGGUGGUCCCACCAGUUAAGCUGCUGAGACCUGAGUGACUUGACCACUCGACAAAGGAUAUUUUUAUACAAUGUAUUUUAAGAUUGGAAAACUUCAGUUGUAAAUAUUUGUGUCCCUUUUUGACCUUUGGUUUUGUACAGAGCAGCUUUUUUAAUUCAAUAGUUUCGUUUUUUGGUGAAUUAAUUUGUCACUGGGGGAAGAAAGCAAUCACACUGAAAAAGUACUCAAAUUACUGAACUGGUCAUCCUGGUUACAAACAAAACACCCUUUAUACAUGUAUGUAUGCACAGCUUAGUAUAUUUAUAUUGCAGGGUUGGAGUAACAAAACAAACUAAUUUGUUACCAGCAAUCAGAUUUGAUACUUUUGAAUUCAGAAAGGAUGUUUGAGGCCGGGGAAAUUGGACUCCUUUCCAUUUUCUCCUGACAUUCAAAUCAGCAUUGAAAAAGGAUGCAUGUUUAAAGGGAUACUUACAGAUUUUAUCUACUUCCCCAGAAUCAGAUGAACUCAUGGAUACCAUUCUUAUUUCCGUGUCCAGUAUGAAGGAAGUUAUUUCGCUAGCCAAUGAUUGGAAGUCUAUGGGUAUCUGCUAGCAGAUGCCUAUAGACUUUGUCAUUAAAAUGCAACAUCCAUUAUGGCCAGCCCUUAACAUUGAUUUAUCCUGUAAUAGAUGUCAUUCAUUUUUGUCUUCUAAUGCAUCUUACGGGGAAAGUAACAAAGUAAAAGUUUGAGUAAUCCAAAAGUUACGUUACUGAUUUAGAAUUUCACAUGUAACUAGUAAUUAACGGAUUAACCUACCCAACCCUGCUUAUAUGUAUGUCUGAAAAUAUGUACACACAAGUGAAGCUUUCCGAUGAAAAGACUAACUGUGGAGUCCUAUUUUCGAAUCACUAAGGGUCUGUUCACAUUGCUUGCAGGGAAAAAACUAUCCCAGAAAGGAAGCCAUUUCGAUGAUUCUGCUGGCUAGGACCAAUGAAAUGACUUCCUUGCAUAGAUUUUUACGGCAAGCAGUGUGAACGGAGCCUUAGGCCCAUGAGUGAAGAUUAUCUUGAGUAACCAUUUUAUCUACCCUGUUGGAAAGCCAUUGGGCAUUAGAGUUGGGUGUGACGUCUGCACUAGCUGGUUCCUGAUUACACAACUCUUAGUUCUUGAUAAUCCUAAUUUAAACACUCAGGGGCAUCAAGUCAAUCAUGUCUCAGACCUUGUAAAGGUGGCACCUUAUUUUACUGAAACACUCGGAAUUAACAAAUGUGCUGAAAUUAUUGCAGUGUUAAGUAUGAAAUGGCACGACCAUAUUGCACAGCGAAAUAAAGUGAAUUGUUUUGAUUCCGGACAAGUUUUUUUUACAGUAGCAUAUUGUAUUUGAGGCAGCACAGUCCCUAGCAAAUGAAAUUAACAGCCUGAUUGUUACAAACUUAAUAUUGAAUGAUGUCAUGAUCCUACAAGUAUGUAAACAAAUAUCUUGAGGAUAUUGCAACCUUACACUGGAUAUUGAAUUGCAAGUGCAUGUGUUUCACAAGAACUAAUGACUUGUUUCUAUAUGCUGGAUGACACUGCUUGUACAGAGUAACGUACUGUAUGAUGUAUUUAUACUGUGAAUUUGGGUCAGUGCUUUCUCUCGUCUUAUUUCUUUUAUGGCACAAUUUAAGUGUGAUCGUAGACACAAGGGCAUCUCAACUAUAUAGAAUGCUGCUUCCUUUGUUUUACUGUUACAUGAAAACCAUCAGCAUUUUGGUUGUACUGUACAGGUUGGAUGGCAUUUGUCCAAAUCAGAGCUAGAGUCCAGAAGGGCUCAAGUGCUCGAAAAGGGCAAGUAACUUUUCUUUUGUACGUGUAAUUUUUGUUCUUUAUAGGUCUUAAUGUCUUGCAACCAAAGCAAUAUGUGGAAAAAGAAAUGGCUGAAUAAAAACGAUCUAAUAGGA